UGUAGGGUACCUGUAACUAGAUUUCGUUGUUGGGAUGUUCAACAACAAACACAUCCCCAACAAUCUAUCCAUGUUGUCUCUUCCCAGUGCGCCCCAAAAAAUGUAAUUAACACCAUGAACUUAAGUGAUUAAACCAUAAUGAAGCUUCGUAAAGUGUCAGUGCCAUCAAAAAUCGUCUCUGGAAUCCACAACGUAUCCCCAGAGGACUCUCUCCCAGGUCACCCUCCUGUCAGAAGAAUAAGCACGGGAGUUUCUCCUUACGAUCGUCCGGGUAUUUCCUCGUUCCACAAAUCACGAAGUAUCCCCACGUCUCCAGGAGCCUCUACGACCCCCUCAACCCCCCCGAAGAUUGAUUUCAUCAAGAAAUGGCUGAUGACAGCGGAAAUCGAAAAGCCUGCCAGCGUCUUGAACUCAUCGUACCCUCCAGUUGUCAGUGGCAGUUCCCUGGGGACGAAGAGGCCUCCUAGGUCGCCCCUACGACAAUUCAACGAAGUAAAACGCGUCAGGGUGAGUGAGGAGCCCAACAAUUUGCGAAAAAUCCCUUUGCCAAAACAAUUGACCUCUUCUAGCAGAGACUCUCGGGUCUUGAAAGAGAAUUUGGAAGACUGUGACAGCUCCAGGACCUCAGAAAAAAUCUCGGGGGUGUCAUCACCUGCCAGAACUAACGAGAGUAUCGAGACGGCUUCCCUGUCCCCUAAUUCGAAGUUGACAGCUUGCAGAGCUGUCAUUUUUGGGGAAAAAAUUGAGAAAAAAAAUCAGGACAGUGGAACUCCCGAAAAACUCCAUUGGAAGGUCAGGGAAAAUAGCUGGAGAUCCCCAGAGGAGUCUCUAUUAGAACAUCUAAUCUCACAAUGUGACAGUCCUCCACCCAAAGACAUUGACAUUGACUCCCUCUCCCCAUCGCAGAGCUCGGAACUCUCGAAAAUCCACGAGGUUUUGUCUACGGCCUCUUCAAGGAGAUCAGAUGUCAUCGAGUGUCGGUCCAGUGAUGAAAAUACUCUGGAGGAAAUUCUGAGUCGUGGAGAUAAAUCCCCUGAAGACGUGUUGAGCAUUGAUACAGGAGCUGAUGAUGACGAGUGUGAUAAAACCCUGCAGAACUUGAUAGAAGAUCCUGAAGAAUUUUUAGAGGUCGAUAAUCAUGAAGAGGGACUUCAGGAGGUCAACAGGAGGUACUCAGAAGACUCCGAUGUGACGUAUUAUUCAGCUGGGCAUCCGGUGGAUAGAGACGUUAUCGAGGAGUCGGUGUCCCAGAAAAUAUCGGAGGCUUCCAGCAACCAAGUGUCCAACGUCAAGUCUAACCUCACUAUUAGUGAUAAUUCACCUAGUGCUGAGGCUUCCCCAAUCUCGGGAAGAAAUGGCCUUGAGUUUUAUCCAUCUAUUGAUUAUAGAACUGUGAAGAAGAAGAAGAAAGCUAAAAAAGGAUCACUUCUCGAGAGAUUCCAGACAUUAGUGAAUGGAAAAAUAUCAUGUCUACGUAUGUGGCGUCAUCAAAUGGCCCAGGCACGUUUCAAGGGAACAUGCAAUCAGUGUGUAAUAAUGCGAAUUAAAAAAUUUUCUACUUCCUAUGGAAGGCCAUAUUUUCGAGGAACAGUCAUAAGAGACUCGUUAAAUCUUCUGAGAAAAACCACUUCGAUUAAUUCAUCUAAUUUAAGUGUUGCAAGUGAACCCGAUGAAUCAUUGGGGAGGACUUUGACUAUUUUAAUAGUUCCAGAAAUUGUUGGGCAAUUUACUGUUAAGGAGAAGAGUGCUUUACAGUUUUAUCCACCUUGGGAGGUAAUUGAUGCUGACAAGCUCAUUUUGACUGUUUUACAUUUUAAAUUAAUCCCCGAUGAGACCGACGAAUCCCAAAUUAUUGAAGAACAAUCCGCUAAGUUUAUUGUUACUCACGAAUUCGAUUGUCCUUGUUUGAGGGCUGGAAAAUUAGUUAAUUCUUGUUCUGUAAAGUUUACUAAUUCAAAACCAAAUCCUAUGGACUACUUUCUUAAACUGAUCUCUAAUGUCAGUUCUGAGUCGAAGGCAGCGGUGAAUUGUUGUUUUGUUACGAUAGUUCGUGGAAACCCAAAACCCCCAAAAACAUCAACAGAAAUUAGUCAUCUGUUCCGGUCACCACUUUCACUAGUAAAUUUUCUGUAUAUUAAUGUUUCGGACCCCUUUUUUCAAUCUUUAGCCACAAUGUCAGUCGCUCAGGAACGCCCAGAGCUGUACGAAGAAGUGAAACUCUACAAAAAUGCCAGGGAAAGGGAGAAGCACGAUAAUCAAGCUGAUUUGUACGCUGUUGUAAACACCCUUCAGCAUUUGGAGAAGGCUUACAUAAGGGACUGUGUUACACCCAAGGAAUAUACGGCUGCAUGCAGUAAAUUGUUGGUUCAAUAUCGUGCUGCUUUCAAACAGGUUCAGAGCGAUCAAUUUCCCACAAUCGAUGCAUUCGCAAGAGCAUUUCGUUUGGACUGUCCAGGAGCCCUUGAGAGAAUUAAGGAAGACAGACCAAUAACAAUAAAAGAUGAUAAAGGAAACACAUCGAAGUGCAUCGCUGAUAUCGUUUCUCUAUUUAUCACUCUCAUGGACAAACUCCGUCUGGACAUAAAAGCCAUGGACGAGCUUCACCCUGAUCUGCGUGAUCUCCUUGACACCAUGAAUCGUCUCAGUAUUUUACCGAGCGAUUUCGAUGGUAAAACUAGGGUAUCAGACUGGCUACAAACUUUAAAUAACAUGUCAGCAUCUGACGAAUUGUCCGAAACCCAAGUGCGUCAACUGCUCUUCGAUCUGGAGACGUCCUACAAUGCUUUCAACAAAGUACUCCACAAUUCAUAGUUUAUAAAAUUUAUUUUACAUUUUAUUGUACAAUUAUCCUAUGUGAAAUAAUCUGUCACGAUAUUUUUUUUAUAUUACGAAUAUAUUCUCGAUUGAAAUAUGUAAAUGUUGAUGUGAAAUUGUAGAACAAUUCUGAGGGGCAUUUGAAAUAGUAUGAGAUUUAUUUCAUGAUCAGAAAAUUAAAAUAACUUGACUAUA